AAGGGACCAUUUUUGUCAGAAAAGAAACUUAUGUCCGGUACAUUGCGAGUUUCAGUAAAUACACUAUUGAAGGUUUUAGGUUUAGGCUGUUGAAGGGCGUUCGUAAUGGGAUACGUAGAAGAAGCCCGACAAAAUCACGUCAAAAAGAAGGUCGAAGAAGCUUUGCGUAGUAAAAUGAAGCAGAAAGCACUCAAAGAAUGUGAUCGAUAUACUACAAAAUACGCCGCGUGUGCCUCAGGAAGAACAAUAUCUGUUGUUUGGCAAUGUCGCAAACAAGCUAAAGAAUUAAAUGAGUGUCUUCAUCAGUACACGAAUGACUCUGUUUUGGAAGAAAUGAAGAAAGCAUACAUGCUUCAACAGAAUGAACGGGGAUCACUUAGAGCUUGAGUAUGGCUUUCAUGAUACUUUGAGUUAAGUUUGUCCCAUCUUCUGCAGUUCAGAAGGCCUUUACUUUCGUAUCAGGCUUUGGCUGUAAUUUGUGAACGAGCAGUAUGUAUUUGGGUGCAUUUAGUUCCUGGUGAAACUCACAGAAAAUUGAAUAAAUUUGUGGUUUCUUAA